AUGACUAACACAAGAAGUCAAACUGAGUUGGAAAAGACAUUAAAGGACCAUACAACUUCUCUUUUGAGAUUCGAUGCAUUUGUUGAGAAGGCUGAGAAGAAUUUUAAUGAAAUUCAUCAAUUCUUAGAAAAAAUAGCCAACAAUCAAUCUAAUCAUGGAAGAGAUUCAGGACCAACAGACGGUCAAUUGGGGGAAGGUUUAGUCACUAAUUACGCCACAAGGAAUGAUAGGCUGUAUAGGUUGGGAAAGAUAGAAUUCCCAAAAUUUGAUGGCAAUGAGGUGGAGGAUUGGAUUUGCAGAUGUGAUCAUUUUUUCGAUGUUGAUGAGACACCAGCCAAUUUUAAGGUGAGAUAUGCGGCCAUCAAUCUUGAAGGCAAGGCUAUGAAAUGGCAUGCAAAUUUUAUCAAGAACCUAACAAAGCCUAUUUCUGAGGUAAGUUGGUCUGAAUAUACUAGCCAUCUUGUUGAUAGAUUCUCUGUGAAUCAAUAUAAUGAUGCUAUGGGUGACUUAGCCUCUACUGUACAAUUGGGAUCAUUGGAGGAAUUUUGUGAUAAAUUUGAUGAAAAGUUAUUGAGGGUAACAAUAUGUGAAGAAUAUGCAGUCAGCAUAUUCUUGAACAAUUUGAAACCUGAAAUUUCUGGGCCAGUAAGGUUGUUUGAACCUAAGAACAUGAAAGAAGCUUAUAAGUAUUCUAAGAAGCAAGAUAUGGCAAACAAGAUCAGUGCAGCCAAACCAAGAACUUACCUAAAUCCUACUCCUAUUUCCUCCUUUAAAUCAACUAAUACCAAUAUCAAACCACCUGUAAACACCCAACACUUACCUUUAUUACCUUCACCUCCAUUGAAUCAAAGGCUUAAUAAUGGCAAAAACAGAUUGAGUUUACCAACAAAAGAAAUGAAUGAGAAAAGGUUAAGAGGUGAAUGUUUUUGGUGUCCGGAGAAGUUCACUUCCACUCACAAAUGUCCUAGGAAACAGUUGUAUGUUCUGGAGAUUGAUGAUCAAGAGAGUGAUGAGGGAACAGAGUUACAAAAUGAAGAGACCUUAAUUGACACUACUGUUGAUGACCCUCUUAUUUCCAUUCAUGCACUAACUGGGGUACCCUCUUUUUCUACUAUGCAAGUGGUGGGCAAUAUUGGAACUAAAACCUUGAGAAUCCUCACUGAUUCGGGUUCUACUCACAACUUCUUGGAUGAAAAGUUGGCCAUGAAGCUGCAGUGUCAAUUAGAAGACAUCUCCCCUAUGAAGGUUGGGGUAGCUAAUGGAAUUCCAUUAAUGUGCAAAAAGAUAUGCCGAAAUUUUGAAUGGCAGAUGCAGGGCCUGUGGUUUAAAGCAGAUGUUUUAGUCAUAUCAUUGGCAACCUAUGAUAUGGUAUUGGGGGUGCAAUGGCUCCUGCCACUUGGUGAUAUUGUUUGGAAUUUCAGGGAUCUCACUAUGCAAUUUAGGGUGGGAAAUAAAUCUUACCAAUUGAAGGGGAGCCACAACAACAAAUUAUCAUUAUGCUCAAUAGAAGUUAUGAAUCAAUGGCUGGCAAAUGAUGAAAGUUAUGUGCAAGGUCAGGUGUACAGUCUGAAGAUGGAAACUCCUGAUAGACAGUUUCAGCAUGAAACCUUGGUGUCUAAUCCUGUAAGCCCUGCAGUUUUUGAUAACCUUUUGAAAGAAUUUGAUGAUAUAUUUCAAACACCUACUAGUCUGCCACCUCAUAGGGCUUUUGAUCAUAGAAUUGUUUUGAAAGAUGAAUCAAUAACUAUAAAUCAAAAGCCUUACAAAUAUCAGUUGGCCCAGAAAGAUAUUAUCGAAAAAAUGACUAAGGAAUUGAUAGACACUGGGGUGAUUAGGAACAGUGUUAGUCCUUUUGCAGCUCCUGUAGUCUUGGUUAAGAAAAAAGAUGGUAGCUGGAGGAUGUGCAUAGAUUACAGAAAAUUGAAUGAUGCAACCAUCAAGAAUGGCUUCCCUAUUCCCCUGAUAGAGGAUUUGAUGGAUGAAUUAGGAGGAUCCACUGUGUUCUCUAAAUUGGAUUUGAGAUCAGGGUAUCAUCAAAUCAGGAUGUACCCUGAUGACAUUCCAAAAAUAGCCUUUAGAACCCAUGAAGGGCACUUUGAAUUCAUGGUAAUGCCAUUUGGCCUGACAAAUGCUCCAGCAACAUUUCAAGCUCUCAUGAAUCAUACCUUCAAACCAUUAUUGAGGAAAUCAGUUCUAGUUUUCUUUGAUGACAUAUUAGUAUAUAGCAAAACUGUGGAAGAGCAUAUGGGUCAUUUAAGGGAAGUUUUGCAGAUUUUGAGGGCCAACAAAUUGUAUGCAAAGUUGUCUAAAUGUUCUUUUGGUGGGAGGGCUGUUGAAUAUUUGGGACAUAUUAUCAGCAAAGAGGGAAUUGCUACUGACCCAAAGAAGAUUGAGGCUAUUAAGCUUGGCCUGUUCCUAGCAAUAUCAAACAAUUGA